AUGGAGGGGGACCAGAAGGCCAAGUCCCCUGAUGAAGAGGAGGCCAUCACUUCUGAUUACCAGAUUUUACGUAAACUGGGUCAAGGCGGUUUUGCUGAGGUCAAUCUUGCAUGUCACCUGCGUACAAAUAUUUGUGUGGCUGUCAAAAAGGUGAAAAAGGACAAAGGCUCUGUAAUUGAAAAUGAACUAUUUGCCUUGAAAGCCAUGGAUCAUCCCAACAUUGUCCGACUGUACAGCGUAAUUAACACACAGCAGUUUACGUAUAUGGUCAUAGAGAACGCUCCAGGAGGAACCCUACUGAAUCAUGUGCUCAUAGCGGGCACACUGGCAGAGGCGGAGGCCCAGAGACUGUUUUCUCAACUAGUGUUGGCUGUGGCACAUUGCCAUGCCAAGGGAUUUGCCCAUCGCGACAUCAAGCCCAACAACAUCUUGCUGGAUAAGAAAAACAAUAUCAAACUCUGUGACUUUGGCCUCUCGAUUCAAACCACUCCUGGCAAGAUUCUUAAGCGAUUCUGUGGAACAACCCUUUACUGUGCCCCAGAAAUGCUAGACGGUCAGGGUUAUGAUCCCAAGAUGCAGGAUAUCUGGAGUCUGGGGAUAGUACUCUAUUUCUCAGUCUCCGGAUACCUCCCGUUUAAAGGGGUAACACGCUCUAACCUAAAAGAACAUAUCUUGGUUACGUGUAAACAAAAAGACCUUGGCCUCCCUUCAGGACUGUCAAGUGACAUAGUUAACAUCAUCCACACCCUGUUGACGGUUAACCCCAGGUUGAGGCCCGCAAUUGAUGCCAUCAAGACCCACCCUUGGUUGACGUUUGGUGGAAAACCUGCCCAGCCCCCCUGCAAAGACACACUCGUGGACAGCGCUCACCACCGCAUUUCUCUCCUGAUGAGCAUCCUGGGCUACAGUGCCGACGCGCUCACGCAGGCGCUACACGACAAGACCUACGACAGCGUGAUGGCCGCGUACUUGAUCUUGAAGUACGAAAGUCCCUGGGGAGAACAUGCUGAAGGGCAAAGUGCAUGGAGGUUCUCUAGUGGUGUGGUUAGGACCCUGCUGGGAAGACCGGUCAGCGAAGGUGCCCGCCCUACACUCGCCAUAUCUGCCAAGCCACACGGCCAGAAAGCCACUGGUGACAGGCAGAAGCACAGCUGCCCUGACAUCUGUGCCCCACAGCCUGACUGUGCUGUGCCCGAGGUGAGCGGUUCUGCCGAGCCCAGCAGCAGCUUGUCUGGAAGCAAUGCACUACCAGUGGACACAUCAGCUCCUGUCUCCUCCAGUGUGCCCUCAGAGUAUGAGACCUCCAUGUUCCUACAAGCCGAGGCUGACUGGCCCUGUGUCAGCUUUCUCCUGCAGACUGGGCAGAUUUCUCAUCUCACGAAGGUGGCCCUGACUCUGCUAAAGGAUGACGUCUCCGACCAGGCCCGAGGAGAGACCGAGGCCCUGCAGGAGGUCGAUGGUAUUCAGUGGGUCCAUCUGCCACACUGCAGAGGAUGCUACGGAGGGAGCGGGGCGCAGCGGCUCCUGCUCUCGGGCUCUGCAGCCGGAGUUGUCAUGGCUGUGGCCGGAAUGGCACCUGGAGGACGACAGGACCUGAGCAGUGACCUCGGGGAGGCCGCCCAUGGCUGGAGAAGAAGCGGGGCCGCCGCAGCCCCCAGGAGACGCAGGAGCUGGGAAUCUGGUCCUGCCCAAAAGUUGGCUCUCCUGCAGGUGGUCUCGCAGUGGGAGAUGGGACACAACUGCGCCACCAGCCUGGACAACGGGGAGACUCACCACGCAGCAGAGCGGGGAGGGGGAGGCAGCAUCAGAGUUAUCUCUUGUUUUGAUGUCCGCAUCUUUUCCUCCUAUGAGGGUCUUCUGCAGCAGCAGCAGGAGGUACGAGAUCCAAAUCUCCCUUUGGACAUCGAGGAGUUAAACAGGGAGUUUAUGGCACGAAGUGAACAAGUGUACGACUCUCUGUCGAGCUGUCACUGGCAGCCUCUGGACACGGUGUACUCGAGCGUUCCGGAAGAGAACCCCAUGUGA